GUCAGAUGCAGGUUUUAAACAUCUGACCUCAAAAUCAGAUGGAGCUGUGACGUCAGGCGGCUGUGACGAAUGCCCUCUGACCCUGCCGGAUCCCACGUGCAGUGUGAUGGAGGAGAGCAGCAGCAGCAGCACGCGGAGCGCCGCGCAGACACACAAGAUAAAGGAGAAAGAGCCGCAGAAAGGCGGGAAGAAGAGGACUAAAGCAGAGGAGGAAGAAGAGGAGGAGCUCUUUAACUUUAAGAGCAAAUCUACGGAGGAAGAGGAGGAGGAUGAAGAUCUGUCAGACAGCGAGGACAGCAUCUUCUCAGGACUGGAGGAUUCUGGGAGUGAUGAAGACGAUGAUGACGAAGAGCUAUCAGAUGAUGGAGAUGAAGAAGGCCUAGAUGAUGGAGAGCUGAAGCUGGAGCAGACUCAGCAGAUAGGGAUAGAGACAAAGAAAGAGACAGAGGAGACGGGGGAGACGGAGGAGACGGAGGGAGGACGGACAGAAAAAGCAAAGCAAGAAGACGAAUAUGUCCACGACUCUUCAGAUGAGGAGGACAUCAGGAACACGGUGGGGAACGUCCCGAUGGAGUGGUACCGGGACUUCCCUCACAUCGGCUACAACCUGGACGGGAAGAAGAUCUACAAGCCAAUCAGGAACAAGGACGAGCUGGACGACUUCCUGGACAAGAUGGACAACCCCGACUACUGGAGAACCGUCCCCGACAAGCAGACAGGAAGUGAUGUUGUGCUGUCAGACGAGCAGGUGCAGCUGGUCAACCGUCUCCAGAGAGGACAGUUCGGAGACGCCAACUUCAACGAGUACGAGCCCCAGGUGGAGUUCUUCAGUCGGGACGUGAUGCUCCACCCGGUCACUAACCGGCCGGCCGAUAAGAGGAGCUUCAUCCCGUCUCUCAUCGAGAAGGAGAAAGUGUCCAAGCUGGUGCACGCCAUAAAGAUGGGCUGGAUCAAACCCCGCCGGGUGGAGGACGACAGCAGGGGGCGCUACUACGACCUCUGGGCCAAUGAGGACUCUUCUAUUCUGGCCCGACACAAGAUGCACCUCCCAGCCCCCAAAAUCCCUCUGCCGGGACACCAGGAGUCCUACAACCCCCCACCGGAGUACCUGUUCACCGACGAGGAGCGGGCCCUGUGGGAGCAGCAGGACCCAUGUGACAGGAAGUUACCGUUUGUUCCCAGGAAGUUCUCCAGCCUCCGUCAGGUUCCGGCGUUUUCUCGGUUUAUCCACGAGAGGUUUGAGCGCUGCCUGGACCUCUACCUGUGUCCCCGCCAGAGGAAGAUGAGGGUGAAUGUGAAUCCAGAGGAUCUGAUUCCCAAACUUCCCAAACCAAAAGACCUGCAGCCAUUUCCAACAACACAGUCUCUGGUGUAUCGUGGUCACAGUGGUCUGGUUCGCUCCAUCAGUGUGUCUCCGUCAGGACAGUGGCUCGCCUCAGGAAGUGAUGAUGGCUCCGUGAGGUUCUGGGAGGUUUGUUCGUCUCGCUGUCUGAAGACGGUCCAGGUGGGCGGAGCUGUGAAGAGUGUCGCCUGGAACCCCAACCCGUCUGUCUGUCUGCUGGCUGUCGCCCUGGACUCGGUGGUGUUGAUCCUGUCUCCCUCUCUGGCAGACAGACAGGUGGUCCUGUCGUCAGAGCGACUCCUGUCGGCCCCUCAGGAGGCGGAUGCUAACGAGGGGGCGGGGCCAGUUACCUGGAGCGAGACUGAGGGGGAGGAGCUUAACCACGGGAUCCGCCUCAAAAUCCAACACCCCAAAGCCGUGCAGCAGGUGUCGUGGCACGCUAAAGGCGACUACGUGGCGUCCGUGAUGCCGGACCACUCGAGCAACCUGCAGGUCCUGAUCCACCAGCUGAGCCGUCGGCGCAGCCAGAACCCCUUCAGGAAGAACAAAGGGCUGGUGCAGUGUGUAUCCUUCCACCCCGUCAGGCCCUACUUCUUCGUGGGGACGCAGCGCUCAGUCCGCAUCUACAACCUCGUCAAACAGGAAAUGACCAAAAAACUACAGGCCAACUCCAAGUGGAUCUCCAGCAUGGCCGUCCACCCCGGAGGUGAUCAUGUGAUCUGUGGGAGCUACGACUGCCGGCUGAGCUGGUUUGAUCUCGACCUCUCCACCAAACCUUACAAGAUGCUACGGCACCAUAAGAAGGCGGUGAGGGGCGUGGCCUAUCAUCGGCUCUACCCGCUGUUCGCCUCCGCCUCCGAUGACGGAACGGUCAUCGUCUGUCACGGGACUGUUUACAAUGACCUGCUGCAGAACCCGCUGAUCGUGCCAGUGAAGGUUCUCCGAGGCCAUGAGAUCACUCACGACCUCGGCGUCCUGGACGUGACCUUUCACCCCACGCAGCCCUGGGUCUUCUCUUCUGGAGCAGACGCCACCAUCAGACUCUUCACCUAGGAACUGCCUGGCGACCGCUGCCUGGCGACCGCCUGCCCAGCUCUUUUUAAUACAGCUCUGUGUUGUUGCCAUGGUGAUUCUGUCUCUAAUAAAUGUUUAAAUCGUGCCUUUCUUCCAGCUGUCGGUGCGUUGAAACGUGUGAAUAUUUAAACUGCAGAAGCUUCUCUUUUCUUUGAAUAAAUGAUAACGUUACA